AUACUCCUCCCUUCGUUCUCAUAUUCAUCUGUCUUCUGUCUCGCGUCCUUGAUUUGGAGACACCAGAGAUCUCAGUCUGAUAUCUGCUUGUGGGUUUGGCAGCGACUGAAACCGGAAAAGGAAAGCUCUAGUGCCCAACUUGGUCGAAACAACUUUUUUAAGGGCUUUUACGGAUCCUGUUGGACAAGAAGUAGCAAAGAUGGCGCUUAGAGCCGGAGUCCUGAGGCGAUACCUAUCCACUUCACUAUUCUCUUUUCAAUCUGCUGCUCCUGGGGCUGUGGCUUUUUCUACCGCUAAUGCUCCGGCUACUGCUGAUUUCAACAGUAAGCCUGCACCUUCUGAGACCGUCUUCGUCCAUGGGCUUAACUAUAAGACCACAUCAGAGAAACUUCAUGAAGCUUUCUCUAAGUUUGGUCAAGUUGAACUUGCUAGGGUGGUGACAGACCACAAUUCAGGAUUGUCCAGAGGCUUUGGUUUUGUUACAUAUGCCACUUUGGAAGACUCGACUAAAGGAAUACAAGAAAUGGAUGGACAGUAUCUUGAUGGAUGGGUAAUCUUCGCUGAAUAUGCACAGCCAAGGGUUUUUCCUGAGCAGCCUGUACCUUCUGAAGCUCACCCCUACAAGCUGUGAUACAUUGGACCUAUUGAUCUGGAGUACACAAUGUAAUCCCUGGACUAAAUAUUUUGUUCUAUGGAGAUUUCUGGUUAGAUAAAGCAUGGUUCUCUUGCAACUAAUUUUUGUGCUUCUCCUGUUUUCUGUUCCAUUCUCUGUAGUUUCUAUAAUCAAUUUAAGGGAAAGCUUUGCUUUGGAUUUGGUGUUUUCGAAAGUAAUAAGCCAGCCAAAAUUUCAAAGUAA